AUGUGUCGAACAACCAGUCUCUUGCUCACUCUCAUCAGCAUAAGCAUCUUUCCAUUCUUCACAACUGGUUCACUACAGCCCCAGCAUGCUCAUGGCGCCGGCUGCAUCCCGGUCGAGAGGGCUGCCUUGCUCUCCUUCAAAGAGGGCAUUACAAGCAACAACACCAACCUCCUUGCCUCGUGGCAAGGACAUGAGUGCUGCCGGUGGAGAGGCGUCAGUUGCAGCAACCGAACAGGCCAUGUCAUCAAGCUUCACCUUCGAAAUCCGAAUGUGACGCUCGAUGCCUAUGGCUACUAUGAUACAUGUGCUGGUGCCAGUGCUUUGUUCGGCAAGAUAAGUCCCUCUCUGCUUUCCUUGAAGCGUCUAAAGCACCUCGACCUCAGCAUGAACUGUUUACUUGGGCCAAAUAGCCAAAUUCCUCAUUUACUGGGCUUCAUGGGGAACUUGAGAUACCUUAACCUCUCUGGCAUACCAUUUACCGGUACAGUGCCUUCUCAGCUUGGUAAUCUGUCUAAGUUGCAGUAUCUUGACCUUGGCCAAACUGGUGAAUUUUCAGAUUCAGAUAUGUACUCAACGGAUAUCACCUGGUUAACAAAGUUGUCUUUCCUGAAGUUCCUUAGAAUGAGGGGAAUAACACUAGAAGGGAUAGGUGACUGGCCUCAUACCCUGAAUAGGAUUCCAUCUCUGAGGGUUAUUGAUCUUUCCCUCUGUUCUCUUCAUAGUGCAAACCAAUCACUUCCACACCUUAAUCUCACAAAACUUGAGAAGCUUGACCUCUCCCUGAAUUACUUUGAGCACUCACUUGGAUCUGGCUGGUUUUGGAAAGCGAUAAGCCUCAAGUACCUCGCUCUUGGGCAUAACUCACUAUUCGGCCAGUUCCCUGACACACUAGGAAACAUGACGUCCCUUCAAGUCCUUGAUGUUUCCUAUAAUUGGAACCCCGACAUGAUGAUGAUAGGAAAGCUUCUUAAGAAUCUUUGUAGUUUGGAAAUCAUUGACCUCGAUGGUAAUGAGAUAAGUGGAGAGAUAGAAGUGCUGAUGGAGAGUUGGCCGCAAUGCACAUGGAAAAAUUUGCAGGAGUUGGAUUUAAGUAGCAACACUUUCACUGGAACUCUGCCAAACUUUCUUGGUGACUUCACCAGUUUGCGCACACUAAGCCUCUCUGGAAACAGCCUUGCUGGACCUAUACCACCACAGCUUGGGAAUUUGACAUGUCUAACCUCCCUUGAUCUCAGCAGCAAUCACUUCACUGGAAGUAUACCAGACGAGCUUGGGAAUUUGAGGAAGUAUACCAGCCGAGAUUGGGAAAUUGACGUAUUUGACUUCUUUGGACCUCUCCAGCAAUCAUCUCAAUGGAAGUGUACCCACUGA